AUGACAGGAUCAGAUGAAGAAUUUGAAAUAGGUGAUAUACUUGAAAUAAAAAGAAAAAAAAAUGGCUUCAUAUAUUUAGUUAAAUGGAAGGGUUACUCAGAUGAUGAAAAUACAUGGGAACCGGAAAGUAACUUAGUACAUUUAACAAGCUUUAAAAAAAAAAUGGAAUACUUAAAAUCAAGCUAUUUAAAUAAAAACGAUACAACUAUUAAUGAUAGUAAAAAUAUGAAAAACCAUCUUUUAUCCCCAUCUAUGCAAGAAGAAGGUAGUAGUGGCGCAAAAUCGAAAGGUAGAAAUUCUUUAAUUUCAAAGAAAAAAAAUUAUAAAAAAAGUGUAGCAAACAAAAUGGAAAAUAAAAAAAACUUAUCUCCUCAUUCAGAUAAUUCUUUUAAGAGAAGCGACGAAGAAGAUAAUGAGUCAAUCAAACAAGAAACCAUAACAAUCAAUUACGAUAAUGCGUUAUUAAAUGUAGAAGAUGUAUACAGCGUUCGAAUUAAAAACAGGAAGAUGGAAUUCUUGGCUAGCUUAAAAAAUGCAUCUCCUCAAUGGGUAGAAGAAUCCAAUAUAAGAAGAACGGGACACUUAAAUAUUAAAGUUAAUGAUUUUAAAAAAUAUAUAAGAAGAAAAAAAACGUCCAAAGGAAAUAGGAUUGUUAUUAAAAAUUUACAUAAUGUUGGAGAUGAGUUAUAUAUAUCGGUUAUACAUAAUAUAAAUAAUAAAGAAAUACAUAGUUUAUACCCAUCAAAGGUUAUUGAGUAUAUAUACCCACAGGAACUUUUAAAUUUCCUCUUGUCAAGACUUCGAUACCGAACAGCCUAA